CCGGCCGCUAGCCAGGGGGUGAUCUUCAAUCCGGCUGGGCCAUUCGGCGGGCGCCUGGGGGAAGGCUGCCUGUGCCGGCGGCUGCCCGCCCCUCCGACUCUGUCCUGGCUGCUGCUGGAGCUCCGCAACACGCCCUGUGUCUAGGUCGUUUGGAAAACGCCUUGGAGAGUCAAGAAUAAAAUUCCAGGUCAAACAAUGGAUGACUGGAAAAGUCGACUCAUACUCGAGAGCAUGCUGCCCCAUUUCAACAUGGCGGGAAAUCGUCAGGAGUCCAGAAGGCUCCAGGAAUCGGGAACCAGUAAAAGAAGACAGGAAGGAGACAACUUCCACUUUACUGGCAUGGCUGACGGGGGCUACCCUAAUAAAAUCAAGAGACCUUGCCUUGAAGAUGUCACCCUCUCUAUGGGCCCAGGUGCCCACCCUACUCUUUCUACAGAACUGCAGAUGCCCACAUUAACCAUGAAUCCUAGCUCUGCAGAUCUGGGUGUAGCUGGCCAGUCAUUACUUCUUGAGAAUAAUCCUCUGGACAACAAUGCUGUGAAUAGUAGUGCUAUGGGCUCACCGUUUGGGGUGCCGUCGACUACAGACACAGGGCUGAAAGGGCAUGCUAUUCCUUAUUAUGAGAAAAACAACAAUAUGCCAGCUGUGGACCAGGAGCUUCAAGAUCUGCUGGAGGAACUAACCAAAAUUCAAGAGCCUUCUUCAAAUGAUCUUGACCUUGAGAAGAUUCUGGGGAACAAGACAGAAGAGCCUGUGGUUGAACAUCACUCCCAGGCUCCCCUUGGCCCACCUGCCAAGCUUCCAAUUCAGAUGCCACUUAUGGAGAUCCUUGGGCCCAGCAAAGAGUAUGCGUCUAGCUGCAGUCAGGCCACUGACACAUCACUCCCAGUCUUGCCCUCCUCCACAGAGAUCAACUAUCCCAUUCCUCCCACCAGUAAGCAGAUAACCUCACCCAGUUCUUCAACAACACAGGCUCAGGUUAAAAACCAGGCGCAGACCAUGCUCCCUGUCACUUUGCCUCCGUUAUCUGUGCCUCAGUGGCAUCAUGCCAACCAGCUGAAAGCACUUGCGGCCAGCAAGCAGGGAUCUGCUACAAAACACCAUGGUUCCAACCGUAGUUGGUCCAAUCUGCCUACUCCAGGCCUCUCCCCACCUUACCUACGCGUGCCAUCACCUCAUCCACCACCAACACAGCCGCCACCACCACCACCAUUCAGCCCACAGAACUUCACAGCACCCUGCAUGUCAUCUAAUAGCUUGUCUGGAAGUGCUGCGCAAAGCUCGUCCAAUGCCUUACUCUCCAGCAUGGCCCCCAGCAGCAAUGCUGCCCUUGGGCCCACUUUGUCCUAUGCUCCAGCGAAGCUCCCAGCUCUGCCUCACAAUCAGAAGCCACAAUUCAGCCCCCAGAGCUCCAUUCUUGCCAAUCUGGUGUCCUCUUCUGUCAAAAGCCCCCAGGGACACCUAUUAUCUGCUGUGCCUACCAGCACCCCAGGACCAUCCCCACCCUACCGCCCCGAGAAUCUCUCCAGCCCUGGCUUGCCACAGCAGUCCUUCACUCCACAAUACUCUCUGAUCAAGAGCCUUACUCCUACCAGCAGUCUGCUUAGCCAGCAGCAACAGCAGCAGCAGCAGCAACAACAUCAACUGCAGCAUCAGCAGCAGCAGCAACAGCAAGCAAAUUCCAUCUUUAAGCCUAUGACCAGCAGCCAGCAAAGCAAAACCCUGAGCAUGAUCAUGCAGCAGGGCCUGGCAAGUUCCAGUCCAGAAGGACCUGAGCCCUUUAUCUUCAGCAACACCAAACCCUUGUCGCAUUUUGUUUCUGAGCCAAGCCUGCAGAAGAUGGCCUCCAUGCCUGCCUCCUCCAGGCAGUCAUCCCUGUUCUAUUACCUGCCUCAGGCAACACCAGCUCAUGUUCCUUCUGCCACUGCCUCCUCUACUGCCACUGCCACCUUGCAACUCCAGCAGCUGCAGCAGCAGCACCAACAACAACCUGACCAGUCUUCAUUCCUCCUGCAGCAGACAAUGCAGCAACCCCAGCCCUUUCAGCGCAUGGUGGCCUCUGAUUCCAUGCCCGCUCUGCCUGGACAGGGCUGUUGCCAUCGCUGUGCAUGGACUACUGCGGCUCUCUGGUUGGAGCACCAGCAUCAGCAGUGGAAUGCUCUCAAUAGCACGCAUGGACAUGCGCCACCAUCUAACCUUACUCAUGUAGACAAAGCCUGCAAGCUUGGGGAAGCCAGGCCUCCCCAGGUCAGCCUGGGGCGACAGCCCCCAUCCCGCCAGGCCCUGGGGAGUGAGUCCUUCCUGCCCGGCAGCUCCUUUGCUCAUGAGCUGGCCCUAGUCACCUCCUCGUUCGGCACCUCAGAGGCAGCCCCCUGGGGCAGCUGGGAUCCGAAGGCCUGGAGGCAGGUUCCUGCUCCACUGCUGCCCAGCUGCGAUGCUGCAGGCUUGGGUCAGGAUCCCCUGAAUAGUCUUGGCUCUGUGUGUCCCAAAGCCAAGGCCAUGCCCCCAGAAGUGCCCCUGCCCAAGUUCUGUGUCAACCACCUGGGUAGCCAAUCCUUUACUUCCCACCAACUCAGCUUCCCUAGUGUGCCAAUGAUGUCUCUAGUGUUUAGUAAUGCAGUCUGGGCAGUGGCAGCUGCAGCUGUAGCCACACCAGUUUCAAAGAAAUCACCCCUGAGCCAAGUAGAUAUUUGCAUGCUGCAGUCAUUUCCAUCUCAGCGGGCUGUGGUCCAGGCCAAUCAGAUAGCCCCAGGAGUCAGGCCUGGCCAGAAGGUGCCUGCGGCUCUGGUUGGCCCCAGAUUCAGCUUAUUGGGCAAUCAGAGCUUUGUGCAGAGCCCAGCACAGGGGCCAGUGCCUGUACUGAGCACCACGCCCCUCCAGCAGAGCAUGGCCAGCUGCUCUCCCUUGAGUCCCGUUCAGGGACUAGAGCCGCCAAGCUAUGUAGCUGCUAUUGCUGCCACCAGCCAGUCCCCAGGUACCUUGAUGAGAGCUAGCACAUCCCCUGAGCCACAGGACAAUGUCUUGCCUCAGGCCCAGUCCCCAACCAAUGGACUGAUCUCACCAUCAUCUGCAGGCAGUGAGGUGAAUUUCGUGGAAGAACUUUUAGAAGGCUCCAGUGUGGCCCCAGAUGAAGACUGGGUGUGCAACUUGAGGCUGAUAGAUGACAUUCUGCAACAGCGUGCUGCUGCCCCAAAUGCCACAGCACAGAAUGCUGAACAAGUCACCCAGGGUGCCGAGGAGCUGUAAAUCAAAGCAGGGUGCCCCAGAAAGCCCCAUGCUCUCACUCAGAGUUGUUGCCUGAAUCUGCAGCCAAUGUGAAACUGGCCCUAGACACCCACAGUAGGCUCCCAGUUCCACUCUGAAUCCUGUCAACCCUGCCCAUCCCCCUGUCAACCUGAUGAAGAAAAAGCAGGUGAUUUUUCAAGCUACUUGUACAUAUUUGAAAAUUUUGUAAAUGGUUUUCCUAAUCAUAAAUGACAGAAGUAUUUAUACUUGGUUUUGUGGCUUUGUAAAUAAAGUGGCGGCUUUGGUUGCAAUAGAAUUGUGUUUAUUAUACAUUGUUCCAAACAUGCAGACUGUGUUGUUCGCUCCAGUGAUACCUUGUUAAACCAGGUGGCUGAGUCACUGAGGUUUUCAUGCCACAAGAGAUGUGGAUGUGACCAAGAAGUGUUGUUGUGCAAACUGACAAAUGCCAAAUAGAAGCCACUUGGUCAUUAAUUUCCACUCCAUUACAAACUGUGCUACCCCGUGUGACUAUCCUAUCUCUCGCAAGCCUUUAAGUCUCAGCUAGUUCUUUCCUAAUGAGCAUUUACAGCAAAAGUCGUGGUAUGAGUAAGUGGCCCACAGAGACACUCAUGGAAGGCCAAGAGCAUCCUUUAGGGUUGGUUGGGAGAGGUGCAAAAAUAGCCUUUGAGCUGAGUUUGUGACCUGGCCACCUCAAGGAACUAGAGCGUUCCCUUCCCUUUGUCACCUGUGGUGACCUUCAGACGCAGAGAAAGCCCCAGCUUUAGAAAGCUUUAGUGUGACAUCACAGAGUGAUGCUUUAAAAUCUGCUUUAAACCAUUUGACAUUCAUUUCUAUAGAAACCUCUGUAGUUUUGGGGGGAAAGUCUGUAAACAUUAAUAGUUGAUUUGGGGUUUGUCGUUAAUGGUUUCUAUUUGCAAUUCUCGUCAUGUAUAUUUAAGCGUCAGUUAGAGAAACUCUACAGCCACUGUCCUGUAAACUUUUCGCAGUGUUCAGAUCUUGUGUAAUCACAUUUUAAUUGCCACCUUGUAUUUUGAUUCUACAAUUGAAAUCUGGCAUCUGUUUCAGGCCAGUGCAUUUUUGUUGUUGUUGUUGUUGUUGUUGUGAUUUUGUUGUUCCCCCUUUGUUCUGUAAUAAACAGCCAGGAGA